AUGUCAUCUAUACUGGUUGUCCUUGGUUUGGCCGCAAGCUUGAACUUAGAGGUUGAACAACUUGAAGUCAAGACAACUUUCCUUCAUGGUGACUUGGAGGAAGAGAUCUACAUGGAGCAACCUGAAGGGUUCAAAGUGAAAGGCAAGGAGAACUUAGUUUGCAAACUAAAGAAGAGCUUAUAUGGGUUGAAGCUAGCAGCACGACAAUGGUAUAAGAAGUUUGAUUCCUUUAUGGUUAAUCAUGAUUACAAGAGGACUACUUCAGAUCAUUGUGUGUUUGUGAAGAGAUUCUUAGAUAGCGACUUCAUCAUUUUGCUGCUUUAUGUGGAUGCCAUGUUGAUGUCCUUUGCUAUGAAGGAUUUGGGUCUGCAAAGCAAAUACUUGCAUGAAGAUUACUCGGUGAACGAAGAAUUGCAAGAUUUGGACUUCACAGAAGAGGUAAUACUAGCAACUAAUAUUGUUGAAACAUCCGUAACAAUACCUGGAAUCAAGUAUGUGAUAGAUCCUGGAUUGCUGAAAGCACCCACCUACUGUGCUCGUACAGGGAUGGAAUCAUUGAUUUUUGUUCCAACCUCAAAAUUUGCAAAGGAGGUAGGCAUACUUGGACGUGCAGGCCGUGAAGGACCAGGCAAGUGCUUCCGCCUCUACCCUGAGAUUGAAUUUGAGAAACUCAGGGAUUCUACAAUUCCAGAGAUUACACGGUGCAACCUUUCAAAUGUCAUUUUGCAACUAAAGGCUCUUGGUGUUGAUGAUAUUUUUGGGUUUGAUUUCAUGGAAAAACCAUCAAGGGAUGCUGUCAUCAAAUCAUUGGAGAUACUGGUCUUGUUAGAUGCUAUAACAGAAGAAUAUAAAUUGUCGGACCCAGUUGGGCAUCAAAUGGCCUGGCUUCCCUUAAAGCCUAUUCAUUCUAAAGCACUUAUCCUGGCUAGUCAGUUCAAUUGCCUGGAAGAAAUGUUAAUAACUGUUGCAAUGCUCUCAGUGGAAUCUAUCUUUUAUGCUCCUCGUGAGAAGUUAGAGGAGGCACAAACUGCAACAAAGUGCUUCUCAAGUCUAGAGGGAGACCAUCUAAUUUUGAUUAACAUAUAUCGGGCUUUUGAUGAGUUCUUGGAGAAGAGCAAGAUAGGGAUCAAUAAAGAAAAAGCUGAAAAAAGUCUCAGAAAAUGGUGCAAGGAAAAUUUCAUCAAUAACCGCUUCCUAAGACAUGCUCGUGAAAUUCACAGGCAAAUUCAGAGAAAUGUUGAACAAAUGGGUCUGCACAUAACUUCUUGUGAAGAAGAGAUGCUUCAAUAUCGUCGUUGCCUUGCUGCUGCUUGUUUCAUCAAUGCAGCUUUAAAGCAGCCUGAUGGUACAUACAGGUAUCAAGUACACUAUUAUGAGUUUUAA